CGUCCGUCCCGUCCUGGCGGCGCGGCGGGGAUGGCGGCGGACGGGCGGCGCGACGAUGAGGAGCUGCCGGUGUACCUGGCGCGGCCCGGCUCGACGGCGGUGCCUCGUCAGAAGCGCGGGGGGCUCUUCUGCAGCGUCGAGGGCGCCUUCGAGAGCAAGACCCUCGACUUUGGGGCACUGCGCGUCGGGCAGCGCCGCGCCCCGCCGCCCGCCCGCCCCGGCCCCGACCCCGACCCUCCGCCCGGCGCGGCCCCCGGCCCCGGUCCGACCGCUGGCGACCUCCGCGCCGCCUCCGGCGAAGAGCGGCUCCAGGACCCAGGCCCCGCGGGCGACAGGAGUGAUCGUCUCCUUAUUAAAGGAGGGCGAAUAGUCAAUGAUGACCAGUCAUUCUGUGCUGACAUUUACAUGGAGGAUGGCCUCAUAAAGCAGAUUGGAGACAACCUGAUUGUUCCUGGAGGGGUCAAAACCAUAGAAGCCAAUGGGAAGAUGGUGAUCCCUGGAGGAAUUGAUGUCCACACUCGCCUGCAGAUGCCAUACAAGGGAAUGACUGCUGUGGAUGAUUUCUUCCAAGGAACAAAAGCCGCUCUGGCUGGUGGAACUACCAUGAUUAUGGAUCAUGUGGUGCCAGAGCCCGAGUCCAGCCUGGCUGAGGCGCUGGAGCGGUGGCGGGAGUGGGCUGAUGGCAAGGCCUGCUGUGACUAUGCAUUGCACGUGGACAUCCCGCGCUGGAGUGACCACAUCAGGCAGGAGCUGCACACCAUGGUCCAGGAGAAAGGUAUUAACUCCUUCAUGGUGUACAUGGCCUACAAGGAUUUGUACCAGAUGUCCAACACUGAGCUGUAUGAGAUAUUCAGCUGCCUGGCAGAGCUGGGUGCCAUAGCUCAAGUUCAUGCAGAAAAUGGAGAUAUAAUUGCACAGGAACAAGCCAGGAUGUUGGAGAUGGGAAUAACAGGCCCUGAAGGUCACGUGCUGAGCAGACCUGAGGAGCUGGAAGCAGAAGCUGUCUUCCGGGCCAUCACUAUUGCCAGCCAGACCAACUGUCCUCUCUACGUGACUAAAGUGAUGAGCAAAAGUGCUGCUGACCUCAUCUCACAAGCCAGAAAAAAAGGCAUUGUGGUGUUUGGUGAGCCCAUCACGGCCAGUCUGGGGACUGAUGGAACACACUACUGGAGCAAGAACUGGGCGAAGGCUGCAGCAUUUGUGAUGUCUCCGCCACUGAGCCCAGACCCAACCACUCCUGACUACAUUAACUCCCUCCUGGCCAGCGGUGAUCUGCAGGUGUCGGGAAGUGCUCACUGUACCUUCAGCACCGCACAGAAAGCCAUUGGAAAAGACAACUUCACAGCAAUCCCAGAAGGAACCAAUGGCAUAGAGGAACGAAUGUCUGUCAUCUGGGACAAGGCAGUGGCCACUGGAAAGAUGGAUGAAAACCAGUUUGUGGCUGUGACGAGCACUAAUGCUGCCAAAAUCUUCAACCUGUAUCCACGAAAAGGGAGAAUAGCGGUGGGCUCGGACGGCGAUCUGGUUAUAUGGGAUCCUGAUGCAGUAAAGAUCAUCACAGCAAAAACCCACCAAUCUGUGGCUGAAUACAACAUCUUUGAGGGAAUGGAGCUCCGUGGGGCCCCGCUGGUUGUCAUAUGCCAGGGGAAGAUCAUGCUGGAGGAUGGCAACCUUCAUGUGACCCAGGGGACUGGACGAUUCCUGCCCAGCAGCCCUUUCCCUGACUAUGUCUACAAGCGCAUCAAAGCCAGGAGGAAGAUGGCAGAGAUGCAUGCUGUGCCCCGGGGCUUGUAUGAUGGACCCGUGUUUGACCUGACCACCACCCCCAAGGGAGGCACCCCUGCGGGGUCAACCAGGGGGUCCCCCACACGUCAGACACCACCCGUCAGGAAUCUCCAUCAGUCUGGAUUCAGCCUGUCAGGUACCCAGGUUGAUGAAGGCAUGCGCUCAGCAAGCAAGCGCAUUGUCGCACCCCCGGGAGGCCGCUCCAACAUCACCUCCCUGAGCUAAAUGUGCUGGCUGAGGAGGAAACAAAACCCCUGUUCAAACAAAAGAAGAAAAAUGGUACAUUGGUGUUGAAGAAUCAAAAGAAAUAAACCUGUUC